GUCAUGAUCUCUUUAUCAUUUACUAGACAUUUGAUGAAACUGAAAAUAGCAGACAUCUUAGAAUUGUGUCAAUAGAAACAAUAUAAAUAUUGUAAUAAAAAAUUAAACUUUUAACAAUUUCCAUGAAAUUUUUAAAGACUAGGCAAAAGAGUAUCACUAGAGCUGAACCAGAGACGGAGAUAUGCGCGCGCAUCAACAAUAUGUACAAGUCAAACUACAGGAGCAGCAACAUCUAGGCAGUGUAGAUAGACAGCAGCACUAUGUAACUAUAUACAUACACACAAUACUACACAGUAGAUAGCAUAGGUAUACUCUACCUAUACUAUUUAAAGUCUAAUGGUCUAAGUCUAGUUGUCUAAGUUAAACGCAGUUGAACGCAAACGUACAUAGAGAGAAGGAGACUGCAGGAGGUUGUUCAUACGUUACAUUUAUAUGUAUAGUUACAAGUUACACUUACAUAUAUAGAUAGAUAGAUAUAGAUAUACAUACACAUGUAUGGGAUAUACAUGUACGUAGAAUUUAGUGAACGAGUUGUCCAGUUGUCGAGACACCAUCAAGACUAUAGUAUAGAGUCGUAUCAUCAUGAUCAUCAUAAAAGUUUUUUAGUUAAAACCCAGAGGCGGUAAUCAUAACAGCAAACAUUAUACGUGAAGUAAAAUGGUAUUGGGAUUUGUGAUUUAUAAAAUAAUAAAUAGAGUAACAAAUGAAGACUAGAAGCAAAAAAGUAACAACAGCUAUCUAGUGUUUCUCGAGCUCCAGUUGAGAUGGAAUAAGUACUUUGGUGUAUUGAACAAUCAUUAACUAUAGUUUUAUUUAUUAAAACAAAUAAGUUUAUGUUAAUUUCUCAAGUGACUGGAACAUUCAAGAGUUUAACCGAGUGAAUUAUUCAAGUUUUUAGUUGUAAUAAUAACUUUGAUAUUGAUAACAGUUAAUAGUUAAUUAGUUGGUGACUAAAUCGUAUAUAUAAAUUUGAAAUAACAAUAUUAUACGUUUUCUCAUGACCUCUUCCAUUGGAAGUCUGGUAGUAAGAUGGCUGUACAGUUGGACGGCGGGGGGAAAGAGGAUUUAAAAACACAAUUUGUCACGAGGGAAGGUACAUAUAAACUGAUGACAUUGUCUGAAUAUUCACGUCCUAAUCGUGUAGGCAACACGGACACGAGAGGUAGUGCAUCAGUCAGGGUAUCAUUUGUUACUUUGCCGGAUCCAGCCGACCCCACGGGGACACAAGGACUUGGUGAUCGAAUGUGCUUUAAUUUUGGAAAGGAAUUAUUUGUUUAUGUUUACCGGGGUGUUAAAAAGGCGGUGGAUCUGAAUAAGCCAGUUGAUAAAAAAUUAUACAAAGGAACAAACCCAACGUGUCAUAAUUUUAAUCAAACAACAGCAACAGCUGAUACAGCACCAUUGCUAGUGGGAUUUUCAACCGGACAAAUUCAACUUAUCGAUCCGAUAAAAAAAGAGUUAAAUAAAUUGUACAAUGAAGAGAGGCUUAUUGACAAAACAAAAGUAACGUGUAUAAAGUGGGUACCGGGAUCGAGCAAUUUAUUUCUGGUAUCCCACAGUUCUGGUCAACUUUAUCUCUACAAUUGGGAACUUCCUUGCGGUACAACCUCACCGCAUUAUCAGCCAUUUAAAUCCGGCGAUGGGUACGCUAUUCAUACAUGUAAAACAAAAUCAACGAGAAACCCACUCUACAGAUGGGUAAUUGGCGCUGAGGGAUGCUGUAUAAAUGAAUUUGCCUUCAGUCCAUGUGGUACCAAUUUAGCAGUUGUAUCACAAGAUGGUUUUCUCCGUGUAUUUCACUACGACACAAUGGAGCUGGUUGGUUCAGCGCGCAGUUAUUUUGGAGGUUUCUUGUGUGUAUGCUGGUCACCAGACGGACGUUACGUCGUUGUGGGAGGUGAAGAUGAUUUAGUAACAAUAUGGAGCUUUCAUGAGAAACGUGUUGUUGCACGUGGCCAGGGUCACCACAGUUGGGUCAGUGUUGUUGCAUUUGAUCCAUUCACCACGUGUUACGGCGAAGCUGACGGUGAUUUUAGUGGAUCAGAUGACGAAGCGAUGCAGCAACAACAUCAACACAAUAACCACAAUCAUUUCAAUGAUAAAUCGAACAGACUGUCAACAACGUCACAGGGAGUUCACUCAAACCGAAAUUCAUGUAGUUCUGAAUUACGUGUGCCUGGUGGUACGUGCUAUCGGCUUGGUAGUGUUUCUGAGGACACUCAAUUAUGUUUGUGGGAUAUAACUGAGGACGUAUUGAGGCAGCCGGUGUGUGCCAAGCAAAGAGUAUCGGCUGCUGGCUCAGGUACACUCUCAUCAUCUGGUACUUUGAGCAGUGGUAAUGGUGCGACCUCUAAUCACGUUACGAACAAUACUAAAUUUAAUAAUAUUAAUAAUGUAAGUUUUAACAAAGAUAGCACGGGUAGUCAUAAUAACUCAGACAGUAGUACGAAUAAUAGCAGCACAAAUACAGCUGUAUCAACGGUUAAUUCAUUAACUCAAAGAUUUGCUGGUCUUGGUUUUGGGGAACGUAAUAAGGGUGAUAAUCAUAAGAGAAAUUUUAGUCUGACGAUGAGAUCCAGUAGCACAAGUAAUAAUAGUAAUACAGUGGUUAACAGUGGCGAUAACAAUAAAGCUAGUAGUAAUAAUACAAAUACAAGUAAUUUAAAUAGUGUCGGUGGUAACAGUAUAGGGGGUAGUAAUAAAAAAGCAAGUUUUGUGAUGGACGAUCCAAUGCGAUUGAUUGGAACUGCAUGGUGUCCUCGAUUUGACGAGUGUCCAGUAUUGGAGCCACUUGUGUGUAAAAAAUUAGCACACGAACGAUUGACUGAAUUAGUAUUUAGGGAAGAUUGUUUCGUUACUGCGUGCCAGGAUGGAUAUGUUUAUACGUGGGCAAGACCUGGUCAACAGCACAUGCCAGGACAAAUAAUAAAUGCUUCACACAUCGUGAGCCCUGGUAAAAACGGAGGAACUAUUGUAUAGCUACAGGAAAUAGACAAGAAUGAUUCAUCUUCUUCAUCGCUAACAAGAAAACAAGAAGAUGAUGACGUCUAUGAAGAAUUUUCACGAUUGACUGAAUUAUUAUUUAUACCACCAACACAACAUCGACGAUUAUAUUAUUAUAUAUAAUCGACAAACGAAAUUAAAUAAAACUAAAAGUCCAUUUAAAAAAAAAUAUAUAAAU